AUGCAGAAUGGUCCCUUAGAUAUUUUAGCAAUUAAUGAAACCAAAAUCGAUGACUCAUUCUCGGAAGAUGAAAUCAGUGUUGUCGGAUAUCACUUAAUUCGGAAAGAUCGUAAUAGAUAUGGAGGCGGUGUGCUUUUGUAUGUCCGUGACACUAUACCCUUUACCGAACGAAAUGACUUACUAACAUGUUCACUAGAAAUGAUAUGCGUAGAAAUCAGUAGAUCAUGCAGUAAGUCAUUCGUAGUAAGUACAUGGUAUAGACCGCCUAACUCAGAUGGCCAGGUAUUCGACGACUUUGAAGUGUUUCUUUGGAAAUGUGAUUCAGAGAACAAAGAACUGAUACUUGUAGGGAAUUUAAACUGUGAUUUCAGCAAAUCUCCUCCUGAUGCACACACGC